AUGGCCUUUCAAAGGGGAGCAUUCAUACUUGCCAUAUACUCAGCGGUAGUGGCGAACGUGCUUUACGACUUCUUAACCCAUAGUGUACUACUACAUAGUGGGGGAUUAAAAGGAGGAGGGAGAAAAAUGACUCUGGAGAAACGUUCCACCGAUGGGAAAAGCACAAAUCGGGUUCGUAGCAUCAAUUUCCAUGAGGUGCGAAAGGGUGAUAAUGCCUCCACACAUGAUGUGGACAACUGUGAGACCACUCCUGAGGGUUGCCGCAACAGUAAGGUGAGAAACUUCGUGCAUCUAAUGAAAGGAAUUGGGGAGCUCAACAAGGUGAAGGAAGAAGACAGCGUGAUAAGUGAAGAAAAUGUCUACAACGAUCAACACCAUACAGUGGUUGUGUAUGACGGAGUGGAUGAGGAAAAGGAUUUAUAUAAUAAGUACAAAGAGGAGAGAGAAGAUGGUAUGUCUACAGUGGUCAUACAAGGAACGGAGUACCUAGGGGUGGGUUACGAUUUCAUUUUUGGAAACCCAAUUGGUGACCCCUUCUUGAAGGUAGAUCCUGGGUACCGAGAUUCUAUCAUUAAAUUGACUUACCCCAAAUCAGAUGUAGAUUAUCCGGACAGUUACGUGAAUAUAAACCCAAACGGGUCAUAUGUGCGAAAUGAAAUUUCGUGUAAUAGGUCAGAAAAUGAAAGCGAAAUAAGUACAAUGAGUGAGUACACAAAGGAGCUCUCCGUUGAUGCGUCUAUAGGGGCCUCCUACGGUUUUUUCGGUUCCUUCUCCGCAUCUACAGGGUAUACGAGUGUGUCUAAUACGAUAUCGAAGAAGAAAUUUCGGCUGUUCAUGUUGAAAAGCUACUGCUUUAAGUACAUGGCGUCUUUGUCUCAGUACUCGCAGUGGAAGCUGAGCGAUCAGUUCGUAAGGGCAAUUUCGUUACUACCAUCCUACUUCAAUUCGCUGCAGCAUGACGGGACUUACUGCACUGUGGAAGAGUUCCGAGAUAAUCGAAAAACGGAAAAGUGUGGCCACAGCGUAGAGUCCUGGAUGUACUUUUUUAAAAAUUUCGGAACCCACGUUUCGACCCUCAUCCAUUUGGGGGGGAAAAUAACACAGCAAGUGAAAAUAUCAAAAAAUGAAUACAAAGCGUUGAGUGAAAAUGGGCUAUCGGUAUCUGUGAGUGGAUCAGUUGGCUUCGGCUUAUUCAAGGCUAAGGCCUCAGCAAGUACUAAUUCGAACGAGGCAAGUAAUGAAGAGAGCACUAACUCAAGUGCAGAAAAAGAAACCGUUAUCAUAGGGGGGACCACGAUAUAUGACCCAAAUGAUCCCAAAAAUUUUGAAAAAUGGGCAAACAGUAUAAAAGAAAAUCCAAUGCCCAUAAAGGGAGAGUACGAGCCUUUGUCUAGAAUUCUACCCAAUAGGUUAACCAAGGUGUACGAGGAAGCAAUACAGUUUUACAUCUCUGUGAAUGUCCCCUUAAAUCUGGGGCAGAUAACAAAUGACGAGAUGAAGCUCUACAACGUGAAGGAACAACUGAUGAAAUCUACCAAGGUGUAUGGAAGUGGAACUGGGUUAGUAGUCCUCGAAUGUGAAGAGAAAAAAAAUUUUAUCCUAGGCUUUUCCCUAUCAGUGCCUAACGACUUAACUGUGUUGAAGGAUUUUUAUAUGAACACGUGUGAUGAGGAUUCAGACAAAUGCUACUCCAAGAUGAGCGACAAUGCCUAUAGCUACCUCUUCGCCAUGUGCAAUGAUGAAAUGAUUCCUUUCCUUGAGCAGAAGGUCAAAUCAGGCACUGGCUUACUAUCCCUGGAGUGCUCCGAAAAAAAUCAAGUAAUUUUAUUUGGCUUUGGAAUAAGUGUACUAAAUUCGAAUGACCCUAUAUCGAUUGCUAUAUACCCCUGCAAGUAUGGGAAGCCAACUUGCUCCAUGCAAGGGCCAACGGAUCAGUCGGCUGUCGGCCUGUGGGUAGUGUGUGGCCACGAGGAGUCCCAAAAUUCUAAAUUUUCUAUCAACGUGCGCAAAAUGGUGCAGGAAAACGUAUCCGGGAAGAAGAAGAAACAUAUAGAUAUAUGCCCUGAACAGGUUUUAUUCAAUCUCAUUUUUGAGUUUACGCGGACUCCCCUGAAUAAGCGCAAGGGGUCGUGCUUCACUGUGAACGACGUGUGCCCCAAGGACUUUCACGUUUGCUCGGAUAAGAAGCACAUGAAGGGGUUUAACUACUACUCGGUGUCUGUGUAUUAG